AUGUUGCCGCUGAACUAUAUGCAGGGUGUAUUUGUUAUCGUUACGGACGAUUGGGGCAAGUACCACGGCAUGGACGGCUACGGCUCCGGGCUGAACACCACGACCAGCACCAAGUGGCCUGCACAAAGGACAGUUGGGUACCAAACGUUGGUCCACACUCUGGAAACCUGCAACGUGGUCCCCAUCACUCUCGUUCUGGAGGACUCCGUAGAGUGGUGGACAAACGUGUGGUCCAAAGAGCUAAAGCUCAAGGCAGACCGAGGCCAGUUCGGGGCCUUCACCGACAUGGAAACCACGGACGCCGGCGGCGUGGCCAACACCGUUCUCGAGAGUGUCAACACCGUCAACGGCCACGGCAUCAAGACCGCAACCACCUAG